AUGAAUUACGUGCGUUCCAUCACCGGCAGUGUCUCCAAGGGCUGGAAUUCCAUCAACCCCGCGACCCUGAGCGGCGCCAUCGACACCAUUGUCGUCGAGCAAGAAGAUGGCACCCUGGCAUGCUCACCCUUCCACGUUCGCUUCGGCAAGUACCAGAUUCUGCGCCCGUCGGACAAGAAAGUCGAGUUCCGCGUCAAUGGCGAGCUGCAAGACUAUUCCAUGAAGUUGGGCGAGGGGGGCGAGGCCUUUUUCGUCUUUGAGACAACGCGCUCCAUUCCCGCCGAGAUGCAGACGUCGCCCAUCGCCUCGCCCGCUGCCAGUCCCGAGCAGAAGCCCGUAGAGCUGCCCUCAGAGCGCGCCUUCGACGACGAGCCCGAACCUCUCGACCUCGACGGUAACAGUGUCAGGAGAAGGGGGCGCAUGUCCAUGUCGGUGCCCCUCUCGGACUGCAUGCUUGAGGAUGAUGAAUAUGGGCACCCGACAUCAGGCGACUGGUCGGGCUUCCAUAUGCAGAGGGCAAGUACUGACGAGACUGUUCCUUCUGUAAAGGAUGGUUUUGCCAAGACUUUUGAGCCAUCUCAGACACACGGUCCGCUACAGAUCAGUAGGGAAGAUGCAACUGCCUGGAACAGAUCAACUCGCUCCACAAGCCCGCCGCCCGUCUCACCCAGCGAAGCCCUCGCUCGCGCCAUCAAACUAUCCAAGAAGCUCUUCACCUCGAACAUCCCUAACAAGGUCACCGAGACGGGCGACUUGGAACUAGACAUGACUGGAUACAAAAGCAGCGAGGAGGAUGCUUUGCGCGCCGAGGUCAUCGCCAGGCGCAUUCUCUCGGAUGAGCUUGCUGGUGACUACGACAUUGGCGCACUGAUCGGAACCGAUGAGAACGGAAACUUGUGGAUAUACAGCAGUGAAGAGGCGAAAGCGGCAGCCAUGGCCAAGACUUCGAUGAACGUUCUCAACGAAGCAGCCCUUCGGUCCACUGAUGCCCUGUCGGACCCCGGCUACCAGAGCGACAGCGGUCGUAGUGAUGACACUGUUCAGUACCAGAUGCGACGAGACUCGGAUAGUGCCCUGGGCUUGUCUGCACCGCAAUCCCCCGAAGCACGCAAGAGCGAAACCAAGACAUAUGCCAAGACACUGCGUCUAACAAGCGACCAGCUUCGAGCUCUCAACCUGAAGCCUGGUGCGAACACGAUGAGCUUUACUGUGAACAAGUCCAAGUGUGAAGCCUACAUGUUCUAUUGGAAGCACGAUGUACCCAUUGUCAUCUCCGAUAUUGAUGGUACUAUCACCAAGUCGGACGCCCUAGGCCAUGUUCUGCAUAGAAUUGGAAGAGACUGGACACAUCAGGGAGUCGCGAAGCUGUACACUGACAUUGUCAACAAUGGCUACAACAUCUUCUACCUGACUAGUCGCUCCGUCGGCCAGGCUGACACAACACGAGCCUACCUAAAUGGCGUCGUACAGGACAACUAUCGCCUACCAAAAGGCCCGGUCAUUAUGAGUCCAGAUCGCACAAUUGCCGCCUUGAGGCGAGAGAUUUACCUUAGAAAGCCAGAGGUCUUCAAGAUGGCAUGUUUGCGUGACAUUAUGCAGCUCUUCAACAAGCCGCCACAUCAAACACCCUUUUACGCCGGCUUCGGAAAUCGUUUCACCGACGCGCUCUCCUAUCGCUCUGUCAACAUUCCCUCAACUCGCAUCUUUACCAUCAACUCAAAUGCCGAAGUCAGUCUUGACGUCCUGUCGCUUAAUACUUACAAGACUGGGUAUGCUAGUAUGCGAGAGAUUGUAGACCACUUCUUCCCACCCGUCGGGCUUCUAGUCCCCGCAGGAGGUGAAGCAUAUACAGACUUCAACUACUGGCGCGAACCAGUCCUUGAUAUCGAGGAUUUCACCGACAGCGAAGAUGAGGACGAAGACGAAGAUGAUCAUACCGAAGCGGCUAGUAUCCGCAGCGAAGACGAAGGAUCGGAACUUGGCGAAGAUCUUGAAGGGAGCUACAUGUCGCGGGAAUCGCUGGACGAGGCUGGUAUGGGUGAUUCUAUCAUGGAGAGUGUCGAAGGAGGCGAUUAUGUUGAAGAAGAUGAGUACGUCGACGAACAGGAGACAGACGGGGAAUAUGAAGAGGAUGAAGUCGAGGAGACUACGCCGACUGAGGAAGAGCAAGUUGAUAUUGGUAAGUCUGCAGAACGCAUGAGGACGUUGGGUGUCAGGGACUCCACGCCUAUUCCGCGCGCAAGCCCAGGACGGUAGCCGUGGAUGAGUUGUUGUUUUAUUUGUUGUUGCAUAGCAUGGCAUGGUUUGGCGUUGGUAAAGCUUAGAUCAGUAGCUUUCUAUACUAUAGAUGAGGAUGUAUCUCUAAAUUCAUACCAAUUCACGGUCCUGG